CAAUGCUAAAUAUAAAAUUAAAAAUGAGUUGCAAAGUUCAUCAUAAUAAUUACUCAAAAUUACGAUUGCGAUUAAAUUUUGAAUGCUAUGGUCUAUAUCAAAGACGUACCCAGAUCACAGUAUGAAGACACUGCAUCACUUGAAUCGACGGCAUUAGCAGCAAAAGGUUAUCAUUUAAUAAAAGAAAUUGGUUCUGGUUCUUAUUCAAAAGUUUUUUUAUCGGAAUACGUGCCACCGAAUGCUUUAGUGGAAACAGCACGACAAGUAUUUGCAUGUAAAAUUAUUGAUACCAACAAAGUACCAAAAAAUUUUUGUAAACGUUUUUUACCACGUGAACUAGAAAUUAUAAGUCAAUUAAAACAUCCACAUAUAAUACAUGUGUGGAGUAUUUUUCGACGUAAAUCAAAAUAUUAUAUAUUUAUGCGUUUAGCAGAAAAUGGUGAUUUAUUAGAUUUUAUACUAAAAUUUGGUGCUUUGGAUGAGCGAAAAGCACGUGUGUGGUUUAGACAAUUAGUAUCAGCAGUACAAUACUUGCAUGAAAGAAAUAUUGCGCAUCGGGAUCUUAAAUGUGAUAAUAUAUUAAUUACCAGUAAUUUUAAUAUAAAAAUAACUGAUUUUGGAUUUGCACGAUAUGUUAUUAAUAUGGAAACCGGUGCUAAAACUUUAAGCGAAACAUAUUGUGGAUCACUAGCAUACGCAGCACCCGAAGUGAUUCGUGGUGAGCCAUAUGAGCCAUUAACUGUUGAUGUAUGGUCUAUGGGUAUAAUAUUAUUCGUUAUGCUGAGUAAAGUAUUCCCAUUUAACGAUAAAAAUAUUAAAAGAAUGUAUGCAGAACAAAUGAAUCGAAGUUUUCGUUUUAAAGUAACUAUUGCGGAUACUUUAAGUGUAGGAGUGAAAAAUUUGGUUAAUUUUAUCCUAGAACCGGAUUUAAAAAAACGUUUAACUAUACAACAAAUUGCUGAAACUGAAUGGAUAGCUGGAUUUCAAGUCGAUACAAAGCAUCAUACCAUACCGAAAAGUAAAGUAGUCGAAAAUAAUUUAGUUGCAGGAAUUUUUCUUAGUGAUAGUAUGGAGUCUUCCAAGAAUAUUGCAAGGAGAUAG